GAGAGAGAGGCAGUAGAAAGUGAAAAAAGAGAGAAAGAGGGUCCCACUGGAAGAGUCCGAAGCGGAGGGGAGAGGAAGAAGGAACAUGUCAGGCGUUAGAGAUGAUGGGCGUUGUUGUUGGUGUUGGUGUGCCCACCCUCACUCUCUAAUCUCUAAGACUCUCUACUCUUCUCUUAGUGCUCUAAUCUAAUUAUUAUUAUCAACAUAAGUCACAACACCACCAUUCUUCCAUUCUCUCUCUUUCUUCUACACUAUUCAUUCAAUCCAUGCCGGUCAACGUGAGGUGCUGAAGGUCAAUCGUGGUCUUUCGAAAUGGGGAACGGGAGCAGAAGCUACUCGGCGAACCGGAGCGACUACAAGCUUCUAGAAGAAGUCGGUUACGGCGCCAGCGCCACCGUCUACCGUGCAAUCUACCUCCCCUACAACGAGGAGGUCGCCGUCAAGUGCCUGGAUCUGGAUCGCUGCAAUAUAAAUCUGGACGACAUACGUAGGGAGGCGCAGACGAUGAGCCUGAUAGAGCACCCCAACGUGGUGAGGGCCUACUGCUCCUUCGUGGUGGAGCGGAGCCUGUGGGUGGUGAUGGCAUUCAUGGCGCAGGGCUCCUGCCUGCACCUCAUGAAGGCUGCUUAUCCCGAGGGAUUCGAAGAGGCCGCCAUCGGAUCUAUCCUCAAGGAGACUCUCAAGGCGUUGGAGUAUCUCCACCGACACGGCCACAUUCACCGUGACGUUAAGGCCGGGAAUAUUCUCCUCGACGAUAACGGCCAGGUCAAGCUCGCCGACUUCGGCGUCUCCGCUUGCAUGUUCGACACCGGCGACCGCCAGCGCUCCAGAAACACCUUCGUCGGAACUCCCUGCUGGAUAGCGCCGGAGGUGCUGCAACCUGGAACCGGUUACAAUUUCAAGGCGGAUAUUUGGUCGUUUGGGAUUACUGCGUUGGAGUUGGCUCAUGGUCACGCGCCUUUCUCCAAGUAUCCUCCCAUGAAGGUUCUUUUGAUGACCAUUCAGAAUGCUCCUCCGGGGCUUGAUUAUGAUCGUGAUAGAAAGUUCUCCAAGUCUUUCAAGGAAAUGGUUGCUAUGUGCCUGGUAAAAGAUCAAACAAAGAGGCCAUCCGUGGAGAAGUUGCUCAAACACUCCUUCUUCAAACAGGCUAAGCCACCGGAGCUUUCUGUAAAGAAAUUAUUUGCUGAUUUACCGCCUCUGUGGAACCGUGUAAAAUCCCUCCAGCAUAAAGAUGCAGCUCAGCUAGCACUAAAGAAAAUGCCUUCUGCAGAACAAGAAGCUAUAUCUCAAAGUGAAUAUCAUCGAGGAGUUAGUGCAUGGAACUUCGAUAUUGAUGAUUUGAAAGCACAAGCGGCAUUGAUGCAGGACGGUGAUGAUAUUGCAGAGAUGAGGGAAGAAGAUGAAAACAAAUUCUUCAGCUCUUACAAGGGUACAGCUGAUUCCCAGUUUAUUGUGGAUGAAAAGAAUUCAAAUAACUUGCAACAAUAUGAGUUCACAUCACAAGUAGGUAGUAACGACAUACCACAGUGUGAGAAAAGAAAUGGAUCAGUUGCUGAAGCAACACCAUCUACUUUAGAGAAUGAUGUGGGAACAAGCAAAGUUAAAACUCAAUCAGUGAAACUUGGUAAAACCCAAAGUGGACCCCUGAUGCCAGGCUUAGUGCUUGGUCAUUCUUCAUCUGAAAGAGGGCGUACAUUUGAAAGGUUUGAGAAUGAAAACCAGUUAGCGGGUGAGAAAAGUAAUCGUGAUAUACGACGAGCUCCAAGCUUUAGUGGUCCAUUAAUGCUUCCAAACCGAGCUUCAGCAAAUAGUUUAUCAGCUCCAAUCAAAUCUUCUGGAGGAUUCAGAGAUUCCUUGGAUGAUAAGUCUAAGGCUAAUCUAGUGCAAAUUAAAGGACGAUUUUCAGUGACAUCAGAAAAUUUAGAUCUGGUGAAGGAUAUUCCUGUAAGUUCAGUUUCGCGCCGAUCUUCACAGGGAUCACCAAUGAGGAAAUCUGCGAGUGUUGGUGAUUGGAUGGUGGAUUACAAACAAAUGCCAAUUGGUCAGUCCUCCAAUGAUUCUGCCAAUAUCAAUAUUCCUGCAUCACUUUUAGUGCCUCAUCUUCACAAUCUUUUUCAGCAGACAUCUAUUCAACAGGAUCUUAUAAUGAAUCUGUUGAAUAGCUUGCAAACUGCCGAGGCAAUUGAUACUUCUCAGAACGGGAAGUUACCACCAUUACCUCGCAAUUCAGAGAACAACGGAAGUGCCGAUACAGCAGUUUCAGAGAGGGAACAGCUGCUGCUGGGCAAAAUUUCAGAACUCCAAUCCCGGAUGAUUAAUUUGACCGACGAACUGACUUAUGAGAAGUUAAGAUAUGUGCAGGUAAGUUUCUGUACAAGCUUUUAUAUUUCAUUAUCCGUGCAGGAUUUUGCUUCUGCUAUUUUAUUUUCUUGCUUGGAUUACAUACAUGUUACGUCCAACUUGGAAUCCAUUUAAAUUGAAGUUUUAAAGGUGUCUGUAAAAACUAAUUAUCAAUCUGGUUAUCGCUUUGAACAGUUGCAACAACAGCUAACUGGUCUCUACAGCCAGGAACAAAAUGGGGAAAGAGAGGAAUUUGCAUGAAAGCAGAUAAUUAUGAACCUCCAGGCGAGUGAUCAAUCAUACGUUGGGCUCCAAUUCUUUCUCUUUGCUGAGGAGAACUACUUUUUGGAUGUUUAUAGUCAGUCCUUGAUAAGUGUCAUAUAUAUAUAUAGAUAUAUAUAUUCUCUGAUCCAGCCUUGUGUUCAAUAAACUUUUGUGACGAUCUAUAAUACCCAGCUAGUGCAAAUGAGCAAGAUGAUGAUCUGUCAUAGUUAAUCUCAUUAUUUAUUUCAUUUAAAGAUUCAGAUGUAAAUAAGCUUCUCUGUUGUAUCAUACUGCAACGUGCUAUGUUUGCAGAUCAAUCCGAAAUUCUCGUGAUAACUGAUAAGAAAGUUGUGAGUACUACCCCGGGGGAGAAAUAACAUCCCUACAUAUUGAACUGUUUUUGUUAUUACUAUAUAUCGGAUUUGAACUUGUA